CCUCCCGUUCCACUGCCAAUCAACUCCUUGCUCCUCAGCGCUCGCCGCGGCGAUUGGCUCCCGCCGGCCGCGCGGAGGGGCAGGGCCAGACUCCCGCGCUAUAUAAGGAGGCGGGCUGCGCGGAAGGCAGCAGUGUCGCUUCCCUGCUUGCCAGUUCCGCGCCGUUGCCAUGGCAACCGCGCUCUGCCCACUGCGCGCCCUUGGCCGCUCCGCACUGCGGCCCCGCGGCCUCCAUCUCAGCGCCUCCAGCCACGAGGCGGUGGUGAUCUCGGGAAGGAAGCUGGCCCGGCAGAUCCGGCAGGAAGCCCGACACGAGGUGGAGCAGUGGGUCGCGGCUGGGAACAAGAGGCCUCACCUCAGCGUGGUGCUGGUCGGCGAGGAUCCAGCCAGUCACUCCUACGUGCUCAACAAAACCAAAGCGGCUGCUGAUGUUGGAAUCAGCAGUGAAACCAUCCUCAGACCGGCUUCUAUCACUGAAGAGGAGCUGCUGGAUUUGAUCAGCAGGCUCAAUAAUGAUGCCAAUGUGGACGGCCUGUUAGUGCAGCUUCCUCUGCCCGAACACAUUGACGAGCGCAAGAUUUGCAACGCUGUGAGUCCGGACAAAGACGUCGACGGCUUUCACGUGAUAAACGUGGGGCGCAUGUGCCUUGACCAGUACUCCAUGCUGCCCGCGACGCCGUGGGGUGUGUGGGAGAUCAUCAAAAGAACCGGCAUCCCGACGCUGGGGAAGAACGUGGUGGUGGCCGGCAGGUCCAAGAACGUGGGCAUGCCCAUCGCCAUGCUGCUGCACACCGAUGGCAGGCACGAGCGCCCGGGAGGCGAUGCCACCGUCACCAUAUCCCACCGCUACACUCCCAAGGAGCAGCUGAAGCAACACACGAUUCGCGCCGAUAUUGUGGUGGCCGCAGCGGGGAUCCCCAACCUGAUCACAGCCGACAUGAUCAAAGAAGGAGCUGCCGUUAUCGACGUGGGGAUAACGAGGGUGCAGGAUCCUGUCACUGCCCAGUUGCGGCUGGUCGGGGACGUGGAUUUUGAAGGGGUGAAGAAGAAAGCCAGCUACAUCACGCCGGUCCCGGGGGGCGUGGGGCCCAUGACGGUGGCCAUGCUGAUGAAGAACACCAUCAUCGCUGCCAAGAAGCUGCUCAAACCCAAAGAGCUGCAAGCAUUAACCGCUUAAACAGGGGGGGACUCUUCUCUAGCACUGAGCUCAACAUUCCAAAACCGACUCCCAAACAGGCCGAUAGAAAAUGCAAUAUUUUUAUUUAUUCAAGUGGCAUUUCCUAGCCAGAGGUCAGAGAUAUUUAUUGGAAGCUGAAGCGGAUAAACAGAGGUGUGAGCAGUUACACUCCUGGCCUACUCCUGCUACUAAAACUGCUUUAUGCUUAAGCCAAUUCUUGGGUGUGCGGCUCCCCGGGAGUCAUUAUCAACCCCAUGGGAGUUCAAGUGCUGCUCAAGCAACAACCUCCCGGGUUCUGUUCCCAUAACCUGCCCAGGUUUGACUUGUGCUGCAGUCUUCUACUCAACGCUGGAUGUUUAGUUGGAGUUAAGCUCUUCUGUAGCAGUUUGUACUUGAACAAAGCCAUAUAUCUGUCCUCAGCCCGGCCGGGGCAGAUCUGUUGUAACAUUCUUCUAGUGUACAGCUAAUUUCUUUCUUUUUUUGCUAUUUGGAGAAUGAUUUUUUUAUUAAAAAGCCUUUUUUUUUCCUCACCAAAGAACAACAGCAUGUGGGCUGUUGGUGUUGAUAGGGGGCAUGCUGGAGAUUUCCUGGACUGUACUGAUAAGUGUGUGAGUACUAGUGAAUAAUCAAGUAUGAGAAGGAAGAAAACAACCCUGCUUGUGUCCUAGAAUUAUUUCUAAGCAAGUUUUUGUUCUUAUUUCAGGAAAAGAGCUGUAGUUUAUUAAAGCGCUUGUGCUGUGAGCUCCUUUUUGUCUGCAAAGAGCAGGGUUAGGUCUGGCUUUUCCCCUGAGUUCAGCUAAGCCACAACUGCCUCCCCAACUCAGCCUAGAAGGAAGUUCAUGCCUGAACAAAACCGCUUUAGCUUCCUGGCUCUAUUUCCCACCUCCACCCCAUCACAGCACAAACUUAGAACUUGCAAACUAAUGCAUUAGAGGACUAUUAAUUAUCUAUUGAACUUUAAUCUUACCUGGGGUUGCGAUGCCUUGGGCAGGAUGGAAAAACCUCCAUGCAGUGGUGGUUGUGUGAGGUGAGUCCUGGACUCCUUCAUCAUUCCCUGAAAAAACUGAUCCCACCUUUUCUGGGAGCACUAAAAGGUUGUUGUGACACUCAAGGGCUGGUGCUGGAGGCACUAACCCCACAUUUGUGCUCAAAAACACUAAAGUGGGAAGAAAAGCUGAGGUUCAAGUGCACCAGAAACACACUAAGAGCUGAGACUCGUUGAAACCAGGUUUAUUGGGUUGUUUCACUGAUAAAUACAAAAUGGCUUGAGUGGGACUGGAAUGGAGGUGGCAAAUCUGAGAUGCUCCACUGUUUGCAGAUAGAAAAAGUAUAAACCAUGGGUGAACUUUGGACAAAUUGAGUCAAAAUGAGCUAAAGUGGAUUCAGCUCCGCUCGAGGAAACAUCUACCAGAGUCCACAAAGCCUUUCUGGGGCAGGGGGAGUAGAGCUGAUGUACCGGAUCAAGCUAAUUAACCUGUUUGAUUAAAAUCAGCAGCCUACCUGGACCACGCUGCAGCUACCGCAGAGGAGAUCGGUACAAAACGCUACUAAACAGACACGACGCAUUCAAGUUCUUAAUGUUAACGUCAAGCUACGUGGCUCACGCUUGGGAGUAAUACUGUUAUUUAGCUCGCCACGUUUCCCCAGGAGCUGUACUUGAACCAGAAGAAAAAAUAAUUGCUAUAAAUAGGAAAAACCGCCUUCAAGUCUUUGUCGGACUCAACUAUUUACAAAGAACUGGGGUCUGUCCCACGCAAAGGUUCAGACCGGUUGCAAUAUUGAACUGGUGUCCUGGAAAGCCCCGUGUGGUUGGUAUAAAUAUCAGGGAGGGGAAGGGUUGGGGCUCUGUGAGGCUUGAAAUAAAGAAAAAUAAAAUAAUGCAUCUAGCAAAAA